AUGGCACCCAAAGCUCUUUGCUGUUUUUCUGUUGAUAUUGACGCCGUCUGCGGUUGGAUCGGAUCCUACGGGGGUGAGGAAUCCGUUUCUGACAUCUCAAGAGGAUAUUUUGCUGGCACUGUUGGGGUCCGGCGUCUUCUGGAUCUCUUCAAAAAGUACAAUAUCAAAACCACGUGGUUCAUCCCCGGUCACACGUUGGAGACCUUCCCCGAGGAGUGCGCCCUUAUCAGAGAUGCGGGCCAUGAAAUCGGUCUACACGGCUACUCGCACGAGAACCCAAAGGAGAUGACCGUCGAACAACAACGGGUUGUCCUUGACAAAACAUACCGACUGGUCACCGAUUUCUGUGGCAAGCCUCCACGAGGCUCGGUAGUCCCGUGGUGGGAAACUCCGAAGGAAGGUGCUGAGCUUAUGCUGGAAUAUGGCCUUGAAUACGACCACUCAUUUUCUCAUCACGAUGCCAUACCCUAUUGGCUUCGCGUUGGUGACGAGUGGACCAAGAUUGACUACUCAAAGCACCCGGAUACGUGGAUGAAGCCGCUAGUGAGAGGUGAGGAGACCGGCUUGGUUGAAAUCCCUGCGAGCUGGUAUCUGGACGAUCUCCCACCCAUGAUGUUCAUCAAAAACAUGCAGAACAGCCACGGCUGGGUGCAUCCAUCUGUUGUUGAGGAUCUAUGGAAGGAUCACUUUGACUUUUUCUACGAGAACUACGACAACUUCUGCUUCCCGGUCACAAUCCACCCCGACGUUUCCGGGCAUCCUCAUGCACUGAAGAUGCUGGAGAGAGUGAUUCAGUAUUUGAUGACGAAGCCCGGGGUGGAGUUUGUGAAGAUGGAAGACAUUUGCGACGAGUUCAAGUCGCGCAGCUCUCCUCCUGCUGGAGCCAGAAUGCCAGCUGAAGCAGGCGCGAUUUUCAAAAGUUGA